CGCCCGCCCGCCCGCCCGCAGCUGCCCGUCGCCACUCGGCGGGACCGAAGGGAAGACGCGAGGGGGGAGAUGACGGCAACGUGACCGGCGAGCGGAGCCGCUGCGGCAGAGCCCCGCCGCGCCGAGCGGAGCCGAGCGGAGCGCAGGAGAGCGGGGCCGCGGCUCCCCGCCGACGCCGCUCUUCCCGGGAGCCCCCAGCGCCCUCGGCCCGGCCUCGCCCCAGCUCAACAUUCUCUACUUUGGAGGCUCCUUCUUUCACUUUUGUCGAUAAAGAUGAGAAGAAAGUGGAGAUUGGAGAAUUUUCAUUUUAUCUUUUUCAUUGUGCUCUGUCUGCUUUUCAUAGAUGGAGGUAAACUAGAACAAGUAAAACAUUCAGAUACAUACUGUGUGUUUCAAGAUAAGAAGUACCGCGUAGGAGAAAGAUGGCAUCCUUACCUAGAACCCUACGGCCUUGUUUACUGCGUUAACUGUCUCUGCUCAGAGAACGGAAACGUACUGUGCAGCAGGAUACGAUGCCCAAGCCUACACUGCCCUUCUCCCGUGCACGUACCACAGCUGUGCUGCCCACGAUGCCCAGAAGACUCCCUUUUCUCCGUAAGCAGCAAAAUCACCGGGAAAUCCUGCGAAUACAAUGGCACCACCUACCACCACGGCGAAAUGUUUGUGGCGGAAGGGCUUUUCCAGAACAGGCAAGCAAACCAGUGUGCCCAGUGCAGCUGCUCCGAAGGGAAUGUAUACUGUGGGCUGAAAACGUGUCCCAAAUUAACCUGCUCUUUCCCAGUUUCGGUUCCGGAGUCCUGCUGUCCGGUUUGCAGAGGAGAUGGAGAAUUAUCAUGGGAGCACUCCGAUGGCGAUAUCUUCCGGCAGCCAGCCAACAGGGAAGCUAGACACUCCUACCAUCGCUCCCACUACGACCCGUUGCCCAGCUCCGCUAGGCAGGCAGGCAGCGUUCCUCGCUUUCCCAACACCAGGAGCAACCGUGGAGUCCUCCCAGAUCCCCAGCAAGCAUCAGGAACAAUUGUACAAAUCGUCAUCAACAACAAGCAUAAGCAUGGACGAGUAUGUGUUUCAAAUGGCAAAACAUACUCACACGGUGAAUCUUGGCAUCCUAAUCUCCGGGCCUUUGGAAUUGUAGAGUGUGUGUUGUGCACCUGCAACGUCACCAAACAAGAAUGUAAGAAAAUUCAUUGUCCAGAACAAUAUCCCUGCAAAUACCCUCAGAAAGUAGAAGGAAAAUGCUGUAAAGUCUGUCCAGAAGUGCCAAGUCAAAGCUUUGACAACAAAGAUUACUUCUGUGGCAAAGAGACAUUGCCCGUCUAUGAAUCCGUUUUCACAGAGGAAGGAGAAACCAUCAGAAAAAUUGCAGUAGAGACUGAAAAGCCACCUCAAAUAGAAAUACAUGUGUGGACAAUUAGAAAAGGGAUUCUGCGUCACUUCUACAUUGAGAAAAUAUCCAAGAGCGAAUUUGAAGAACUUCCCUACUUCAAGCAGAUAACAAGGACAACCCCUAGCCAGUGGAAAAUAUUUAGCGAGGGAGAAGCUCAGAUCAGCCAAAUGUGUGAAAGCAGAGUGUGCAGGACUGAGCUCGAGGAUUUGGUAAAGGUUUUGUACCUUGAAAAGUCUGAAAAGGGUCACUGUUAAGGGAGACAGCACUGGAGGGAGAAACACAAGAAAACUUAUGAAAACUUGGAUCUGCAGCUGGACUGCAGGCUUAUUUUGCUUAAGUCAACAGUCGCCCUAAAAACCAAAACUAUAAUGCAGUAAUUAUUCACAUCAUGCACAGCAAAUUUGCUGCUUUAUGUGUAGUGGUCUGUGUCAACCGUUUAAAUAUCUCCUCAAAAAGACUAGGAGGCUCUGUAUUACUGGUGGGGGAAGGAGAAAGAGAGACUGUAGUUUCUUAGAGUUGCAUUUCUUUACAAGUUAAAAAGAGAAAACAGAACAUUUUUAUUAUUAUUAUUUGGCAAGUUAUUCAAACUAAUGAAAAGAAGGACACCUAAUAAAUGUGCAGGAGCUAUGGAGAGUAUUAUUUCCUGUGCUGGGUUUAUUCCAUUUCUGGUGUUGAAAUGACUCAUAGAUUUUUUAGAAGGGGAGAAAAAACACAAAUGAUACAAUACUUGUGUUGGAGACAUAAAAAACAGAUUUAAGCUAACAAACUCGUAAGCAGCCUGCCUUUGGGAUGAUGUCUUGCAGUUGGGCAAACUGAGUCCAUAAACUGAACAGCAGGUGUUAGUGGCAAUCACUGUAUUUUCCUAGCAAUUUGAGAAAAUGUUCGCUUUUAAGUGGUUUUCACUCAGUUUCCACCACCCACUUCUCUAAAUAAAAUGUAACGCAUUAGCUCCCUAUCACAGCCCUAACAAGUUCAUUCUUGCAGGCCCUAUUAACACACGGUCUUGGCUGAUGUACUGCCUUACCAAGUGAUGGGGCAGAAGGUGGUGUAGUACUUCCAGCACUUUCAAAACUCCUAAAGGGUUAAACCUCCUGAUUAAUAACUCCCUAGAAUUGUGACCUUCCUUAAUUGAUUCAUUCAAAUCUGGAACAAAACUGAACUGCUGCAUUUUUCUGAUGGUGGCCUCUCAAUUCGCACACAAACUUUAAGGACAAACCUCUCCCAGGACAAAUACCAAGCAGUUGCAGCAGGCCUUUAGAACAGAGUAGCUUUGUGCAAGUUGCUGUCUUUCUGAAAAGGAAAUCUGAGACAGGCAGUUCAAAUGUUAAAUCGAGUAUAGCAUGCCUAUGGUGUGUUUAAGAAAGGUGACCUCCAUCUCCAGAAAAAGAAGUACAAGGCCAUCACUUUGAAAAAUGCUUUCUCUGAAGAGACACCAAAAUCAUGCCACACUAGCUUGUGGCUGCACUCUUGGAUUCAUUCCCAAGAUGAAGGUGCCUCUUGCCUGCUUUUGCCCCCAUUUUCUACUCCACAAGUAGACAGGGAUACUGCUGUUCAAACACGCAUUAGGAAACACAGCUCUAUGGAAUGGUCUCAGCCGGGGCUGGGUCCUCACAGGGAGCAAAAUCAACAGUGACAGCGAGGAUUUUGAGGUCUGUCAUUCUGCAGAGUGGCCCCAGAGCCGGGCCUCCUGCCUGUGCUGCCUGCAAGAUUGGAGGGUGCGUGGGUGGAGAGAUGUCUGUGAAGAGGAGGAGGCAUGUGAGAAGGGCAGACGUGAACAUGAUGGAAAAGCCAAAGGGAAUUUGGAAAAUAUAUAGAAGGUGAUCCAGGACUUUCUAAUUCUCAAGUCCUUUGUGAUUCUGCCUAUAUAUAACCACCAAGUUGUCCCUAGGCCAGGAUAGAGAGCAGGUGAUAUUUAGGAACACUUCCCUCAUUGCAAUGUGCUCAGCAUGGUCCACUGCAUACCAGGAAAACAUGCUAAAAAGGGAGCUCCUCCAGCAUCCAGCUGGAUUUGCAAGAACAAAAUAAUCUCUCUUGAUAUCAGUAAGACCUUACAGAAGAAGCAAGACCAAGAACUGGUAUCACGCUAUACAUAUGAUAUGUUAACUAGCAUCUGGCCAUUAGAAGUCCUAUAUCACUUUUCAUAAAAAGGGGAGCUAAGUGAAUUGUCCCAGCCAAAUUUCCAAUGGGAACAUAGCCUUUGGCCUUCAUAAGUUCUGCCUUGGUGUUCAGAAGGGGUACGCUGUGUCCUGAGUUCCACCACGCUGCUGCGGGCCGUUCAGCAGGGGUAUUUCACACCAGAAGUUACUGCAAUGUAAUUGGAGGAGAAACAGUUUACCCAGCACCUGGGCAUCUUUUGGGUUGAAAUGUGCUGUAGAAGUGCUAGAUUCUACUAUAAAUCUUCUAAUAACUCAUGACUGAAACGUAUCAUUCCUCUGGAGAAGACAUUGCAAAAGGCAUUCGGAGGAGCUGCAGCAACCCGGUCAGAAAACACGCAGUUGUCUGGCCCACCUCGGGGACAGCCUGUUUGUAGCAGUAGUUGGUGAACAAAGACUAAGUGGAAAGUGUACAGUGUAAGUAAUUUUUUUAAGAAGAAGAAGGCAACCUGUUUUUUGUAUUUGUGACAGGACAGGUGGAGUCCAGAUUGUGUAUUUAUUUGUAUAAUAAACACUCUUUGAGAAAAGCAAAAAAAAAAAAAUCAUAAGCAUCAUUUAGUAAAUGCAGCGUUGCAUUUUUACAGUCUCUGGCCACUUACGGCAAUAAAAUACACAGUGUCAUGGUUUUUCAUUCUCUUCAUGGGAUGUAAGUCUGUUAUGGUACUUAUUUAUGUACUUGUUGUAUCACUUUGACCUGAUUUUAUAAAUUAAUAAACUCUAAAGUUGUUAAUAAAACAAGAUAUUUUGUGUAUGA